AGGCCGCUCUGGCUCAGAUGGAGGCUCCGCUCGUCUCUGUGACCGACUUUUCACCUGGGCCUGCCGCCGCCGCCGCCUUGGCCGCCUUCGCCGCCGGGAGAGUGUAGGAGCUGUCACCUCUGCUCGGCGAAGUCGAAGUUUUCUCUUUACUGUAGAUCCUUGCCGUUACAUUUCUGGAUAUCCUGUUGAACCUCCUUAAGAACUCAGAAAAACUGCCAGGUGACCACUGAAAAAAGAUCUAAUCUUAAGGCUUACGCAUCCACCACAUCAGAACAAUGUCCUAUGUUUUUGUAAAUGAUUCUUCUCAGACUAAUGUGCCCUUGCUACAAGCCUGUAUUGAUGGAGACUUUAACUAUUCCAAGAGGCUUUUGGAAAGUGGCUUUGACCCAAAUAUUCGUGACAGCAGGGGCCGAACAGGCCUCCAUCUUGCAGCAGCCCGCGGGAAUGUAGACAUCUGCCAGCUGUUGCAUAAAUUUGGUGCUGACCUUCUGGCCACAGAUUAUCAAGGGAACACAGCUCUUCAUCUCUGUGGUCAUGUGGACACUAUUCAAUUCUUAGUUUCCAAUGGACUCAAAAUUGAUAUUUGUAAUCAUCAAGGUGCUACACCCUUAGUUCUGGCAAAGCGCAGAGGCGUGAAUAAAGAUGUCAUCCGAUUGCUGGAAUCUUUGGAAGAACAGGAAGUAAAAGGAUUUAACAGAGGAACCCACUCAAAACUGGAGACCAUGCAGACAGCUGAGAGUGAAAGUGCCAUGGAAAGCCAUUCUCUCCUCAAUCCCAACCUACAGCAAGGUGAAGGGGUCCUGUCCAGCUUCCGAACCACAUGGCAGGAGUUUGUAGAGGAUCUGGGCUUCUGGAGGGUUUUGCUCUUGAUCUUUGUCAUUGCUUUGCUGUCCCUUGGCAUUGCCUACUAUGUGAGUGGGGUGCUGCCUUUCGUGGAAAACCAGCCUGAACUGGUGCAUUAAAGGAGCUCAUGGAAGAUGAGGCACAUAUCUGUUUCCCAGCUUCCAAUGUUUCUCAGUUUCUCAUACUUGUUUUCUUAGUGCAAGGCAGUGAGGGCUGUACAUGUUUUUCUUUUUGCAUUUUUACAUUUUGUAAUCCUUUUAGAAUGACACGUUCAUUUGAACCAACUACAUACUGUAUGUAGUCAAGUAUACUGCAUCCCAAAGCUACCUCUGACUCAACCUGACUUCUUAGGAACACACAGCCUUGUUUGCUAAAACCAUGGAAAUGACUAAAGAGAGAAAGAUAAAAGAAGUCCUUGUUAUAGAAACCUUACCCUAAUAUAGGACCAUCUAAAGUGAAGUGUUCAAAAAGAAAAAGGCUUUCUUGUAUGAUUAGUUUUGAUUGGUGAUUUUGUUUUGUUUUUGUUUGUUUAUUUUUGCAAGAGCCCCCAUUUUCUCUUUACAGUCUCUGAGAAAGAAACACUCAGCUUAAAACCUGAAGGGCUUUUUUUAAACUCUGCAGAGUAAGUCAGUAUUGUUGGACCUCUUUGGUUUAUUUUAACACUUUCAAGUCUAGUAGCAAACCAAGUAGAGCUUUUGAAAGUGAGCUAUAUUUUAUUAAAAAACGAGUGGUUUGGUCUUAUAUUUAUUUGUUUUAGGAUUUUUUUUGUAAACUGCUUUACUUGUUAAUAUCUGUAAAAAAUGAAGAGUUCAUUUUAUUCACUUUUCAGUUUCCCUUAGUGUUUAUUUCAAAAAUGGUCUAUUCAUAAAAAAUAUAGUCAGAAAACUUUUUAUAUUCAGUAGUUAGCAGGAAAAAGCAUUCUGCUAUUUAACUGUCACUGUAGUUUUGUAAUGCUAUUAUUAUAGUGGAAGAUUCUGUUCUAUAUGCUUGCCGUGUUUUUACAAUUGUGUCAUAGUUCAUAAUUAUUUCAUUUUAUGUGCAAUCCUGUUAGAGUCCCUGUAGAAUUGUCAUAGUUUGAUCCAUGUCAGUAAUUGUCUGAUAGCAAGACAGAUGGAGUAUUUCUGAGUUAACAGCUCAGAAAUUGUGCUGGGUGUCAUAAAUGCUUUAUGAAUGGUUAUAUUAUUUAAAUUGAAAUCUGGCCACCAAACUAUAUUGCAGCAUUCAGCAAUAUGUUGGAAGGCCUCUUUUGUUGAUGAUUCUGUUAUGUAUAAAUCAUAUUCUUGGGUUAUUAAAAAAGAAUAUUAAAACUUGAUAAUUAUUCAUUGGGUAUAGUCAGGAAACUGUAAUGAAAGAAUAGUAUUAUUACCUUUUAGAACAAAGACAUCUAAGCUACUGCUAAUUGAAUUGUUGCUAGAAUUAGAACUUACAGUUUAGAAUAGAAUUGGUCUUUCUGUGAUUCUUGUUGCUUCUUGUAAUUCUCUCUUUUGUAUUUCUACAUCUAGGAUUGAAGUGGCUUUAUCCUCUCUUAAAGAGCUGUUUUAAAUUCCUGAUUUACCUGGCAGCUUCAGUAUCAGCUCACAGAGUCUUGCUUUUAGGUUAGACAUAAACAAAAUAAAUCUUACUUGGUGUAAAUACAGAAAAAACUGGAUUUUAGAAUGGAGAAUGCUAUUACACUAGAAAUCAAAGUAUAUUCAGAAUGAAAGCUGUGGAAUGAGCUUUACAUUUGGUUGUAAAUCUAAACAGAUUUGUAAAAUUGAUUAACCAUAUAUGUACAUAGUUUGCAUUUUUUAAGAUAUUUCCUUUUAAGUUCUGAUUUCUUAGUAUUCUGUUCUCUGCAUUCCGAAUUCAGUAACAUUACCAAUAAAUGUAUUUAUAAUCUCUUAAUCAAAA